AUGGUCUACUGGUGGGACUUUGCUCGUCGUCUGAAUACGAUAGUUGAUCCUGCUGUCGUGCAGAUGGUGCCAGAUUUGUUCGCGCCAAAAAAACAGGCAAUCCCUCCACGAGCGAACGAAUUGAAUUCCGAGGAAGCACGAGAGCGCCUGCGACAAUACCAAGAUUUCCAAGAGCGUAUUAGACAACAUCGUGAACCAGUUAGCCGAGACAAGACGAUGGCACCUACGGCACGGCAGUCAGUUGCGCAGCGUUCACUUGAGAACUCGUUGAACCGGCCUCAGCCACAGCAUUCAAAUCCAGCUCCAGCACCCGACCGUGAGCGCUUCAGCAAUGCAGAGGUAAAAUUGUUGUAUUUCUUCAGGAUAUAUGCAGAUUAUUAA